UUUAGGGUCAAAAAUAAUAACGUUAGCGUUAUUCAGCUCUACACGCUAAAGAUGAGUGUUUUUGGCAGGACAACGAGCGCCUGUAGACGCAGAGACACUUUCCCAAAUAUUAGAGCGGCAGGGAAAGUUCUACCAGAAGGAGACAGGGCACAGGCAUGUCUGCAGGAAAUAUCCUCAAGGCCUGAGACACCCCCGGUGGUCAAGAAGUUUCUCAACAGUACACAUCCGGAGCCAGGAACAAGCCGUGUGUUCUUCGGGAAAGCAAAUGACCCAGAUAUCGCCAGCAGUUUGGUGCAUGGAAUAAGCACACAGCCGUCUAUAGAUGCUGGACCUUUGAUCAACCCACCACCGAAAACCUGCUACCAAGAAAGGCUGCGAGAGAUUCAGGAGGCCAUUUACAGCAGCAGACAUAAAGCUCCAUUUGGAAAGUCCCAUGUUAGGGGUCCUAGGCUUCCAGAUGGUCUUCAUCCUGAAAAAACAACUUUUGGUCUUAAAUUACCUUAUUCUUUUAAUGCUGGUGAUGUCAUCAAUCCACCCAAAACAGCACAGCAGGUAGAACAAGAAGCGCUUGACGGACAUGAGCGAUACAUCCGAUCACACAGGUCCUACUUUGUUGGUGAGCGUGUGAACAGGAAGUAUGACUUGAGGAGCUACAGGAAGGACAGCAUGUUUGGUGUGGUCACACCACAUCGCAGUGAUGGACACAAUACAAGAAAAUCUCUCCAGUGGCUCUGUGAUGAACAAACGAACCACAGCGCAAAAUUUGUCUCGAAGCGAUGCGACGACUUCAGAGAGAGGACACAGUCUCAGAUCGGCAAAGUGCGUGACCCGAUCGCAGACACCUUGACUGUUCCAGCUGAUCACACUUUCGGAGCGCUGCUGCCUCCUGACAGCUUUGGUGCAGCAGACGUCCUGUACGCCACACCAAUUUCAGAGCACGGGAAAGGACAGGACAGACGUCACACGCUGGUCAACGCCGUACGCCAGCACCUGAAGAAGGCCAACUACCACAACUUCUCCUCUUUGCUUCAAGCUUUCAGACACUACGAUAAGAAAGGCCAGGGAAAUAUCGAUAAGGAAGACCUAAGGGACAUGUGCCACGAGUUUAACCUGGACCUCAGCGCUGACGUACUGGAUGAACUUAUGGACUUCUGCGACGUUGAUAAAGACGGGCUAAUUAACUUCCUGGAAUUUGCAAAUUUCCUUAAUUGGAAGGACAAAAUGCCGAUCAGUCGAGCGGAUCAAAGGAUUUUGACAGGAGAGCAGAAACCCAGCACGGCCCCGGCUGUCAGCACGAGAGCCGAGGUUCAGGAAGCCGACACAGAGAAAAAGACUGGGACUGAAAUCCUGGCUAAGUGUGAAGACCUGGAACCUGUGAAGGUGGGGAGCUUUCUGAAGAAACCCAAAACACUGAGCAGAACUCGAGCAGAGCCAGAGCGCUUCCUCACCUCAUCCUCUGCCAUCUGCGCCAUCGUGGAUGACCUGGCUGCUAACGAUAAUCGGAUAUACGGCGUUCCGUCGGUGCGUACAGAUUUAGCUGCCCCGCGUAUCAAACGCAUCAGUGACCGAACAAACUACGGUGAUGAAGGAAACGCAUAUGAACUGCUUUUUCCCACGUUGUACUCGCUGUCAGGGGUGCACGAGAGACAUUUCUUCUGCCCUCGCACCAAGAACGAGAUGGAGCAGAUUUUCCGGAAUGUCGGCCUGCUUAUUCCAGAUCCGACGUUUGAGGAAGUCUGGAGUUUGGCAUCUAGGAGUCACCCAAGCGGAGAAGUUUGUGUGGAGAGUUUUAGAAAAUUUCUGCAGACAUUUAUCCAGAUUUGCUAUUGGAGGCUGUCCACUAUCGCUUUCCGCUAUCGCUGUCCCGUAUCACUGUUCACUAUCGCUGUCCCGUAUCACUGUUCACUAUCGCUGUCGGCUAUCGCUGUCCGUAUCACUGUUCACUAUCGCUGUCUGCUAUCACUGUCCCAUAUCAAUGUUCACUAUCACUGUCCGCUAUCACUGUCCCGUAUCACUGUUCACUAUUGCCGUCCGCUAUCGCUGUCCCGUAUCACUGUUCACUAUUGCUGCCCCGUAUCACUGUUCACUAUCGCUGUCCGCUAUCGCUGUCCCGUAUCACUGUUCACUAUCGCUGUCCGCUAUCAGUGUCCCGUAUCACUGUUCACUAUCGCUGUCCCGUAUCACUGUUCACUAUCGCUGUCUGCUAUCGCUGUCCUGUAUCAGUGUUCACUAUCGCUGUCUGCUAUCACUGUCCCUUAUCACUGUUCAUUAUCGCUGUCCGCUAUCACUGUCCCGUAUCACUGUUCACUAUUGCUGCCCCGUAUCACUGUUCACUAUCGCUGUCCUGUAUCACUGUCCGCUAUCGCUGUCCUGUAUCGCUGUCCUGUAUGGCUGUCCUGUAUGGCUGUAAUGUAUCGCUGUCCACUAUCACUGUCCUGUAUCGCUGUCCUGUAUCGCUGUCCUGUAUCGCUGUCCGCUAUCACUGUCCUGUAUCGCUGUCCUGCAUCGCUGUCCUGUAUCACUGUCCACUAUCGCUGUCCUGUAUCGCUGUCCUGCAUCGACGUCCUGUAUCGCUGUCCUACAUUGCCGUCCUGUAUCACUGUCCUCUAUCACUGUCCCCUGUUUGUCUUCUAUCAGUCUGUCAAAAUUCAUAAAAACCAUACAAAGCAUUUUGUGGGCUGCCAUAGAUAUAAGAAGCAAAAUAACCGUCAGUGCUUGGCCCCCUAA